GCGGGCAGGGGGCGUGGCCGGGGAGCGAUGGCGGCGCUGCGGGUCCUGGUCGGGGUGAAGCGGGUCAUUGACUACGCGGUCAAGGUGCGGGUGGCGGCGGGCGGCGGGGGGGUGCAGACCCAGGGGGUGAAGCACUCGCUGAACCCCUUCUGCGAGAUCGCGCUGGAGGAGGCCGUGCGGCUGCGCGAGCGGGGGGCAGCCGCCGAGGUCAUCGCCGCCAGCGUCGGGACGCGCCUCUGCCAGGAGACCCUCCGCACCGCCCUGGCCGUCGGGGCCGACCGGGGGGUGCUGGUGGAGGUGGGGGAGGGGGCGGCCCUGGGCCCGCGGGAGGUGGCGGCGGCGCUGGCCGGGCUGGUGGGGCGGCUGCAGCCGCAGCUGGUGCUGCUGGGCAAGCAGGCCAUCGACGACGACUGUAACCAGACGGGGCAGCUCUUGGCCGCCAUGUUGGAUUGGCCCCAGGGGACCUUCGCCUCGCGCGUGGCGCUGGAGGCCGGCGCGGCGCUGGUGGAGCGGGAGGUGGACGGGGGCCUCGAGAGGCUGCGGCUGCGGCUCCCGGCCGUGCUGACGGCGGACCUGCGCCUCAACGAGCCGCGCUACGCCACGCUGCCCAACAUCAUGAAGGCCAAGAAGAAGCCCCUGGAGGUGGUGGCGGGCUCGGAGGUGGGGGUGCCCCCGGGACCCCCCCGGCUGCGGGUGCUGAGGGUGGAGGAGCCCCCGCCCCGGAAGGGGGGGCGGCGCCUCGACACCGUCCCGGAGCUGCUGGAGCGGCUGCGCAGCGACGGGCGCAUUUAGGGGGCGGCGCCGCGCCCCGCCCAGGGACGGCGGCUGGGGGCGGGGCUCGGCGGCUGGGGGCGGGGCUCGGCGAGGCUCCGCCCACGCGGCCGCCUUGGAACUCGUUAUUGGUCUUUUAUGGGUGUGUCUGUGGUUUUCUUGGGACGAGAAACCAGUAUAAACCAGUUUGGGUCUGG